AUGAAGAAUCAAGUGAAAGCCAAGAAAUAUUUCAACUGCACUCAGUGUGGAAAGAGAUUCAGUAAUUCAUCAAGUCUGAAAAAACAUGAGAGAAUCCACACUGGAGAGAAACCUUAUAAGUGUUCACACUGUGACCAGAGAUUUAAUCAGUUUGCAAAUCUGAAAACACAUGAGAGGAUUCACACUGGAGAGAAACCUUACAAGUGUUCACACUGUGUUAAGAUAUUCAGGGUUUCAUCAAGUCUGAAAAAACAUGAGAGAAUCCACACUGGAGAGAAACCUUACAAGUGUUCACACUGUGACGAGAGAUUCAGGGUUUCAUCAAGUCUGAAAACACAUGAGAGGAUUCACACUGGAGAGAAACCUUAUAAGUGUUCUCAAUGUGACGAGAGAUUCAGUGAUUCAUCAAGUCUGAAAACACAUGAGAGGAUUCACACUGGAGAGAAACCUUACAAGUGUUCACACUGUGACAAGAGAUUCAGUCGGUCAUCAAAUCUGAAAACACAUGAAAUGAUUCACUCUAGAGAGAAACCGUUUAAGUGUUAAAACUGUGACAAGAGAUUCAGUGAUUCAUUAAGUCUGAAAACA